GCCGCCGCCGCCACAACCACAGCAGCCACUGCAGUUAGAGCAGCAGCAGCAGCAACAGUAGCAGCGGAGCGACAGCAGCAGCCGCCGCAUUGAGCGGCCGGUGGGCGCGCCCUCCUGAAGGAAGCCGCCCGCCACCCACCACCAUCCCUCCGGCGUGUUCAUGCCCCCGGGGCCCCAGGGAGCGCCAUGGCCCGCGCACGCCAGGAGGGCAGCUCCCCCGAGCCCGUAGAGGGCCUGGCUCGCGACGGCCCGCGCCCCUUCCCGCUCGGCCGCCUGGUGCCCUCGGCCGUGUCCUGUGGCCUCUGUGAGCCCAGCCUGCCCGCUGCCCCCGCCCUGCUGCCCGCCGCCUACCUCUGCGCCCCUGCCGCCCCGCCCGCCGUCACCGCCGCCCUAGGGGGCCCCCGCUGGCCUGGGGGUCCUCGAAGCCGGCCGCGAGGCCCGCGCCCCGACGGUCCUCAGCCCUCACUCUCGCCGGCGGAGCAGCACCUGGAGUCACCCGUCCCCAGCGCCCCGGGGGCCCUGGCGGGCGGUCCCACCCAAGCGGCCCCGGGGGUCCGGGGAGAGGAGGAGCAGUGGGCCCGAGAAAUCGGGGCCCAGCUGCGGCGGAUGGCGGACGACCUCAACGCGCUGUACGAGCGGCGGAGACUGGAAGAGCAACAGCGGCAUCGCCCCUCACCCUGGAGGGUCCUGUACAAUGUCAUCAUGGGACUUCUGCCCUUACCCAGGGGCCACGGCGUCCCUGAGAUGGAGCCCAAUUAGGUGCCCCGACCCGCCCGGCGGACGUCGGGGGCUCGGGGGGCAGGUCCCCCCAUCUCCUGACGCCCUGGCCAGCGCGGGGGACUUGUUCUGCACCAUGUAGCAUACUGGACCUCCCAGCCCCGCCUGCCCCGGGGCGGCCAGGGCAGCCACUCCGGCCCCAACCUCGGGCCUGUCCGGGGCAAGGGGGCCACCGAGGGAGACGUGGACUCCUGGAUACCAGGGGGGGCGGGCUGACGGACUCAGCGUCUGAAGGCGGUGGUGACUGAGGGGUGGAGACCUAGCCGCCCGCCUCUGCUGCCCACCGCCAUCUCAGGAAAGGCUGCCCGUGCUGGCUGCCUGUUCCAGCUGCAGGGGGGACGCUGGGGCGGUCCCCCCAGUGCGCCUUCACUUUGGGCCUGGCCUCGGGCCCCUGGUGCUUCCCCCCCUCCUCCCCCGGAGGGGGCCCUUGAAGAGCAAAUGAGCCAAACGUGACCACUAGCUUCCUGGAGCCAGAGAAUGGGGCGUGUGGGACCCCGGCGCCCAGCCAUCUUCCCUGAGCCAGCGGCGGGUGGCGGGCAUGCCUGCCUCACCUUCCUCGGGGGUGGCCAGGAGGGGCCCAGACUGGAACCUGUGCUCUGCCCGCGACCACCCCCUCCCCCCAUCGACCCCAUUCAUAGGUUUAGAGAGAGCACGCGUGACCACUGGCAUUCAUUUGGGGGGUGGGAGAUCUUGGCGGAAGCCGCCCCAGCCUUAGUCCCCAGGGCAAGGCACUGGGGGGAGGAUGGGGAGUCAGGGAGGGGGGGUCUCGGAAGAGGGAAGGAGUCUGGGAGCGGGGAGGGACGGCCCAGCCUGUAAAAUACUGUAUAUGCGCUGCUGUAGAUACCGGAAUGAAUUUUCUGUACAUGUUUGGUUAAUUUUUUUUGUACAUGAUUUUUGUAUGUUUCCUUUUCAAUAAAAUCAAAUUGGAACAGUGGA